AUGUCAUCUUCCAGUCGCUGCUCGCUUUACGCAGAGCUGCUAGCCAAUAUCCGCCAAAUUUCACUGGUCGCUUCUCUCACAUCGCCCAGUGAUGCCUCCACCAGAGUUGCUGUGGCUGCUGACGGAAGCACCAUCGAGUUGACACAUCAUGGCGAGGUUCACAAAAUCAGUUUGCCUGCCAAGAUACCUCUUGGCAGUACACUCCUUCCCAUCGAUCAGAGGCAAAACGGGACCACGGCUCUGUCAUGGCGAUUGCCACUUGGUGGCACGGUUCCCCAACCGCAUCUCUCUUCUGAUACCCCCGCCUGGUCAGCGACAGACUUCGACGUCGGCGUCCAGGUCGCUUGCAGGAAUUGCAAUACCGUCGUUGUGGAGGAGGGUACAGUAAAGGUCUGGAAAGACUUGCCAAGUGAGAACUGGGCCGAGAUGAUGGAAUUCUGGCAUUGUCACAAGCCGGAUCACCAUCAUGAGGAUGGACACGAGCACGGGCAUUCCCGUGAUGAGCACUUUGGCAAGGCAGAUGAAAAGAGCCUGGCUGCUCGAGGCUAUGGGGCUUCGUCCAUCAUCUCAGCUCAACCAGGUGUCGGUUUUGUUGACUUGACAACGAUCCUCUUUACCGAACGCGAUUGCCCGAAUAUCACGGUAAGUUCUUGA